AUGGAAGCCCAGCCACCCAUCAUGCGGCCUAUCCAGCCUGAUCAAACGUUCAGAGAUGAUUGGGUUUCAUACUUUCAAUAUAAGCCAGAACGAGAUUCCGCCAGUGAUGUACGAAGUGCACUUCUAGUAGUGAUGGCACUGAUUGCUGCUGCUACCUUCCAAGCUGGACUCAACCCUCCCGGUGGGGUUUGGCAAGACAACAAGAACGACCAUGGGGUAAAUCAGGAAGCUGGCACCGCAAUUUUGGGUUCUUACUCCCAUAAUUGCAAAGUUUUCUUUUUCUUUAAUACGCUAGCAUUUUCUUCGUCCAUCUACGUCAUUGGGUGUGUAAAUAACGCCUACUCACUUUAA